AUGGAAACACAGGGAAGGGCGAGAAGAUUCAAACCGUUUAUCAAAUCGAACUCCGGCCGUCAACCGAGAACCCGAGCACCUUCGUCAAAAUUUCCGGCCCUUUCGGAAAAUCACGGAUCCACUGAGCAUGAAUUCGCAGAGAUGAGGAAGAAGAGAGUCAAAAUUACGCAUUCUGAAUAUUCUCGGCCUCCGAUUUCUGAUGCUCCAAAAACAUCGGAGUAUGCAUUUUUCAAGAAAUUUAAGGAGGGCAUGGGUAGUAGUUGUCAUCCGUUACAUAAGGAUAGGAGUCAAAUGAAUCCUGUAAAUGUUGAUGAUCCACAUUCAGAGUCUUCAAAUCUUUCCAAUGUAUUCAAAUUUACUGAAAGAAGUAUUAGAUCCCCUGUUCAAGCACAACAGGAAAGGCCUACUUAUCAGUUCUCUUUCCCUGCACGGCCUAUAUGCAAUGAAUCUCACCAUGCUGGGGGAUCAAAGAGUAAAGAUGACUGUAGAAAGUUUGAAAGUAGGCAUCCCCUGCCUUGUGCCGAUGUUACACCUGUUGGCAAAAAUUUGGUACUCUCUCCGUUUCCCAGUCUACCAAAAAGCUCAGGGGUCGAACAUGUUGGAAGAGGUAUAUUUGAGGCAAGGAGACAUAAACUACGCCAACUGAUAGCUAAUUCAAAUCCCGGAGUGGGAGAAGGCUGUUCUAAUGGGUUUGAUUCGGUUUCUGCCCUGCUGAAUCGCCUGCUUCCUGGGAGCUACGAGAAUGAGUGUCACCAGUAUACAAGAUCAGAAGGAAAGAUGACAGCCACUUCUAAGCUAGCUGCUCCUUGGGAAUCAUACAGUGAAGAGAAAACCAGCGCUUCAUUUUUGCAGGGUCGUCAGUACACAAGAUCAGAAGAAAGAGUGAUGGAUACCACUUAUCAAUUAGCUCUUCCUUGGGAAUCAUAUGGUGAAGAGAAAACCAGAACAUCAUUUUCGCAGGGUCACCAUCAUAUGAGUUCAGAAGAAAGGGUGAUGGAUACCCCUUAUCAAUCAGCUGCUCCUUGGGAAUCAUAUAAUGAAGAGAAUUUCAUCACCUCAUUUUUGCAGGGUCAGCAUCAUGCGAGAUCAGAAGAAAUGGUGGUGGAUACCACUUAUCAUCUAGCUGCUCCUCGGGAAUCUUAUAGUGAAGGGGAAAUCAGUAUAUUAAGAAAUCCUAGGAGCAUGAAGUUCGGAUCUUGUAGUCAUGAUGGUUUUCCUGAAUAUUGGUUUGGCAGGCCAAGAAAUCGAGUUUUUUCAAAGUGGGAUAUCACUAAGUCAACCAUCCAAUUGGCAGAACAUGAUGCUGCAACUGGCUUUCAGAUAGAAGAUAUGAACUCAUUUUGUAGUUUGGAUGGUGAAGCUACCAAAAAGAAUUCAGUGGCAACUGAUUCAAUUCGCUACCUCUGUUUGGAUGAUUAUCAAUCUACUUAUUCAGGUCAUAGUAAACAGCUGGACUGGUUUCAUGAUCUCAAUGAAAUUCCUACCAGAGAACCCCCUAGUCUUUUGCUCAGUUGGAAUACUACUACGCGGGAAGAGCUGCAUAGUGGUUGUGAAUUGGCUUCUUCAUCAAAUGCAGCUUACGAGCUGAAAUUGGACGACUGUCUAAACGCGCCAACUGUACAUACAGCUGCAUUGGAUUCAAAUUAUUCUUCGGAUCUACGGUUAUUAACAUAUUAUCCAUCAGCUCAAGGUCAAGCUCCUGAACUUGGAAUAGACAAUGUCGACACCUAUACUGACCUAGAAGCCUACCGUUUCCUUCCAUCCACACCACGGUGUCUUACAAUGGCAGAAAAUUGCGAGAAUUCUGAUGAUGAGAACUCAGUUUUCCUUCACUGCCAAGAUGAUCCUUGUUGCAUUGACACAUAUUCUGCCAGGCAAUGUCACAAUGAGGCCUUACCCGGGGGAUUCGCUGAUGAUAUAGGAUGGAAACUCUUGCCAUCAAGCGAGUUCUCGAGUGAUGGCUAUCCAUCUAGUCAGAUUUUUCAGUUACCUUUCAACUCGGAAUAUGUAAAUUCACUUGCACUUGUUCAAGAGGAAGAAAUUAGCUUCCAGUACACAAGAAACCGGGAAUCAACCGACAUCUUUGAUAUCCCUAGCCGGUUUACUUCCAAUUUUAAUUUGUCAAUUGACAAACUGUUGGGCCAACCAUUGUUGCUGGACUAUUCAGGCAGGAUUAGAUCUGAAGACUGA